CUCAUUGAUUUUACAAGAAUAAUUUCACAACACACAAAUAAACCAGGACUGGUGCUGCUGUCGGGCGAGGAAGGGUGUCUGCAAGUGAGAGCUGUAGGCGUGACCCGCAGGGCUAUGCUGGAUCAUGUUUGCCUGUCGCUUGCCCUUGUGGAGGUCCACUGUCACCUGUGAGUCGUGGCAAUCAGGUCACUUUCUGCCUUGGGGCAGCUGCCAAAUGCUGAGUAGUAAAGGAAUCAACACGACCGUGGGGCAGGAGCAACAGGCCGGCAUGAAGGAAAAACAAGUGUUAGAAGAUUUGCAAACGCACGUUGCAAGGAGAGACACAGAGGCCCUCUUCCAAGAGCAGCCUCAGACCGGGAACCAGUACUUGGAAGACACUUUGCUUCGGAGUUACUUGAAAACACACCUUCCUCCCAAGGUCCUGGAGGAGGUGCAUCAGGACCUGGAGAGGUUUGGAAACCGCCUGCUGACCGAGAUCCAGCAUCUGAGCUGGGAAUGUGAGCUGAACCCGCCCGUGUUCCGGCAGUUUGAUGCCUGGGGGCGGCGUGUGGAUCACAUCCACACCUGCUCAGCAUGGAGGAGGAUGAAGGAGAUUUCAGCAGAAGAAGGGCUGAUUGCUGAGGCCUAUGAGAAAAGAUACUCCAACUGGAGCCGCCUGUACCAGGCUGUCAAACUGUACUUGUUCUCAAGCUCCUCUGGAGGUUUCAGCUGUCCACUGGCCAUGACUGAUGGGGCAGCCAAAGUCAUUGAGUCACUGGGUAUUCCUGGAUCUCUGAAAAAUGCUUUUGACUGUCUGACAUCCCGUGACCCUGAGAAGUUCUGGACCUCUGGCCAGUGGAUGACAGAGCGAAGGGGUGGCUCCGAUGUCGCAAACGGCACCGAGACGGUGGCCAGGAAGCAGCCGGAUGGCACCUAUUGUCUGUAUGGAUUUAAGUGGUUCACAUCAGCAGCUGAUUCUGAUAUGUCAUUAACCCUGGCCAGGAUAGCAGAUGCUGAAGGACAGUGUACCCAGGGCUCCAGAGGCCUGUCCCUGUUCUUCCUGAGGGUUCGGGAUGAGGAGGGGAAGCUGAACAACAUCCAGGUGCAAAGGCUGAAGGACAAGCUGGGCACGAGGCAGAUGGCAACAGCAGAGCUGUGGCUGCAAGGAGCCAGAGCAGAGCUGAUCUCUGCAGAGGGCCGUGGAGUGGCCACCAUCUCCAGCAUGCUGAACAUCACUCGCAUCCACAACAUCAUUGGUGCAGUGGCUUCCAUGAGAAGGAUGAUCAGUCUAAGCAGGGACUAUGCCUGCAAGCGCGUGGCAUUCGGGAAGCUCCUCAAGGACCAUCCCCUGCACACGCAGACAAUAGCCCGGAUGGAGGUGCAGGUGAGAGGGGCGUUUCUGCUGCUCAUGGAGAUCGUUCGCCUGCUGGGCCUGACUGAAACCAACCUGGCGAGUGAGCAGGAGCAGCUGCUGCUGAGGCUGCUCAUCCCAGUGGCCAAACUGUACACAGGGAAGCAGGCUUCUGCCGUGGCUGUUGAGGCGAUGGAGAGUUUUGGGGGCCAAGGUUACAUGGAGGACACAGGCUUGCCAGUCAUACUCCGGGAUGCUCUGAAAAAGCUGGAGCUGGCUUCAGGCACUGAGCAGCUGUCCCCAGCCGUGCAGCGGGCACGGGAAGCCAUCGGGAGCCUCCAGCAGUUCAUGGCAGCCACGGGCUCAGAGCGGGCACUGACCAUGGAGCUGGCAGCCAGGGACUUCUCCUACAGCCUGGCACGGAUCUACACAGGAGCUCUUCUAAUGGAACACGCGGCUCGGCCUGACGCUUCCUCCACGGACGUCUGCGCUGCCCUGAGGUGGUGCAACCAGGAGCUGUGUCCGGUGGCCGUGGAGUCAGGGAGGGGCAGCUACGGGGCCGGGGCAGCGCUCCAGGACAGCGCCCUGGUGUUCGGGAACAGCCGGCUCUGAGCGCCCGCAGCCCUCGCAAGGACACGAGGUGGGUCGCAAUCCAAACAAGCCCCCAAAACCUCAGGUACCUGCAGACUCCAGGUGUGGUGGAAUGUCCCAUUCCACAAGGGGCCGGACCAAAUCCUUUAGGAGUGACCCCCACCUGCCCCGGGCCUAAAUCCACGGCUUUGGGGUGCAGACACAGCCCUGAGAGUCACUCCAAGGUGCUGGAAUGUUCUCACAGUGCUUUAGGCAAAGCCCCAGUGAUAGGACCCGGACAAGAGCUGGAAACAGCAGCUCUUCAAGUGCCAACACGCUUCUUUUUUUAAGAAAACAAACCAACAUCAAACUGAAAGUUAUCUGAAGCUGAUUACAUCCAGAAACCCACAAUUUUUCCCUGUUCACCUUCCUGCUUUCCAGUGCUGACCACAGACUUCCACCCCUGGGUGGGGUUUGCUCCAGGGGCAGCACUUUCCACCCACUGUGGCUGCGGACAUUGGCCUCCUCAGGAACUGCUGCUUUCUGAAGAAAAAAGGGAUUUUUAUUCUCUCUGGCCUCCAGAAGGUUGAUUAAUUCCCUAUGCACGUGCCCUAAUGAUGCUGCAAUCCAUCCUGACAUAAAUUCUACAUAAGUUUUGGACUGAAAUCCAGUAAUUCUCCACCUAAGCACUGGCUGUGGGCUUCUCCUUCCCCUCAGCCCAUCAGUCGAUCUGCUUGGUAUUGCCCUGCUGGCUACAAGUUUUUAAUUAACAAGUUGCUAAUAUAAGAAGAAAGGCACUAAUAGACUGAAGACAGCUGGAAUUUAUAGCUGGGAAAUGCUGCAGCAGCAGACACUGAGUGGGAAGAGGGGGAAGGAGCUGUGUGCUGAGGUUGGAGUUGUCCAGAGUUUCAAAGAUGGCAGAGCCAGGAGGACACAAAGGAUGGCUCUGGGGAGGAGCAGAGUGGAGCAGUCCCAGCAGGACACAGCAAGGGAGGCUCCAUGGGCUCCCUGUGUCCUGGCACAGGGAUCACAGGCUGAGCCAAGCAGAGCUUCCCUGAAAUCACCCAAAUGCCACGAACCAGCCCCAGCAGCAAAGGGCUUCUGUUGUCUGUGCAUUGCAGGGAAUAAAGAACAUUUGGGUCUGGAAAA